GAGGGCCACGGGCCCCACCGUGCCCACCCGAGCUCAUGCUGGGGGGUGGGGUCUCUUCCCGGCAGAGUGGACCAGAUCGUGGGGCGGGGCCCGGCGAUCACCGACAAGGACCGCACCAAGGGCCCGGCUGAGGCAGAGCUGCCUGAGGACCCCAGCAUGAUGGGCCGGCUGGGGAAGGUGGAGAAGCAGGUCUUGUCCAUGGAGAAGAAGCUGGAUUUCCUGGUGAACAUCUAUAUGCAGCGCAUGGGCAUCCCCCCGACGGAGACGGAGGCCUACUUUGGGGCCAAGGAGCCAGAACCAGCGCCGCCCUACCACAGCCCCGAGGACAGCCGGGAGCACGGGGACAGGAAUGGCUGCAUCAUCAAGCUCAUCCGCUCUGCCAGUUCCGGGGGCCAGAAGAACUUUUCGGCGCCUCCGGCCGGGCCCCCAGCCCAGUGCCCACCCUCCACCUCGUGGCAACAGCAAUGUCACACACGCCAGGGCCACGGCACCUCCCCUGUGGGGGACCAUGGCUCUCUGGUGAGGAUCCCGCCCCCGCCUGCCCACGAGCGGUCGCUGUCUGCCUACAGUGGGGGCAACAGGGCCAGCACGGAGUUCCUGAGGCACGAGGGCGCCCUGCGGGACAGCGACACGUCCAUCUCCAUCCCGUCCGUGGACCACGAGGAGCUGGAGCGCUCCUUCAGCGGCUUCAGCAUCUCCCAGUCCAAGGAGAACCUGGACGCGCUCAACAGCUGCUACGCGGCUGUGGCGCCCUGCGCCAAAGUCAGACCCUACAUCGCGGAGGGCGAGUCGGACACAGACUCGGACCUCUGCACCCCGUGCGGGCCCCCGCCGCGCUCCGCCACUGGGGAGGGCCCUUUCGGCGAUGUGGGCUGGGCCGGGCCCCGGAAAUGAGGCUGCCCGCCGGCCUCUCCCUGACUCUUGGCCUUCCAGGUUUGCAGAUGGGACUCUCUGGGGCCCUUUCCUUAGAGCGACAUGGGUGGGGGGUUUGUGCGAGGCGACAGGCAGGCGGGGGGCUCCUUGGUCUCACGCACUGCAGGCCAACAAAAGUUCUUUUUUAACAAGGGGCAGCCAGGCCGGCUGUGCCCACUCUGAGACCGUUGGCCCGGGUGUGAGCGGGGCUGAUGGCUGAGGACAGACCCAUGCUGGUAGGGGGGAGGCCUGGGGCCGAGGAGCAGGGCCCGGGUGAGGGUGGCAGCUAGGGGGCAGAAUGGGUGGCCUCGAGGCCUGGUGGGGAGGGAGCCUGGGCCUGUGGCUAUGGCGGCAGGGGGUACGCUGGCCCCUGGGGCGUGGCUUGUCCUUGUCCCUCCGUCCCUGCCCCCGCUAGUCCACGCAGGGCAGGCAGGCGUGAUGGGUGACUUCCAGAGAGCUGCUGGUCAGCGCCAUCUCCCCCCAACCCCGGGUUCUGAGCCAAUCCCAAGUCCAGGAUGCUGGCUUGGAGAGGAAACGGUGGGGCCUCAGGACCUCCCAGCGUUGGCUCCUGAGGGGAGGGGCUGCUCCACAGUCUUCUGGAGGAGGGUCCUUGGAGGCUCCCCCAGCCACAGGAGAUCUGGGGAUGGGCAUCCCUGUGUUCUCUCUCUUCUGCUCUGGCUGGGCUCCGGCCGCCAGGCCACGGCCAGCACUGAAAUGGAGACCCGUGUGCAGGGAGCGUGCUGGGGGCAUCCCCUGGGCUGGGAUCCUGUUUCCGGGUCCCAGGGCCAGGCGGGUUGUGGUGGUCCCUCACUGGUGCCUCGGCAGGACCCAGGGCUGGGUGAUGAUGCUCUAACUCCUGGGAAAAGCCUUCAAAGCCCCUCAGGGGUUGGUGAGAUUCCCUCCCUCCGUGGAGCUGAAGCAGCUCUAUCCUGUAGGAAGCCUAAUUGUCCCCACUAGGGCUGACCAUCUGCCCCCCUGCUCUCCACUGACCUGUCCCUUGGCUGUGACUUCUUGGGAGUCAGGGAUGCCCAUCUCCACUCUGGGCCUCAGGGAGCAGGGCCCCCAUCUCUCCUGUGGUAGGCACCUCAACCCCAGGGACACCAGCUUUGGGAUCUCCUUUCUGGGCCCUCAGCAGUCGGUGGGGGGGGCAUCUGGCAUUGGGAACCAUAAAUCUGGGUGCCUGACACUCUCUCUGAGGCAGUGACCUCUGGUGCACUAGGGCUGGGUGCAGCGAGGCCCGCUACGGAACGACUUCCCCAGAAAACUAGCUUCUGGGACAGCCUUGUUGUGACUUGGACCAGAAGUGGUCAGUGAGAGAGUCGGUCCUGUCCUCUGGGAAGGGUGUGGAGAGCUGUAUCUGAGGGUCCUGGGCUCUGGGCAUGGGGUCCUGGUGCUUAGAGAGCUUUGGGGAGUGAUGUCUGUUGGCCAGGCAGGGGCCACGGCUGUAGGCCCUGCCCCCUCCCCUUGCCAGAACACCCCGGGUCCUGCCGUGGGCACCUCCUUGCCUGAUGGGCAGCCAGAGGUUGGGCCGGCCUGUCCUUGCCCAGAGUGGGAAGCCAUAGGCUCAGAGUUGGGAACCGCUGCUCAUGUCAGGGCUCCAGCAUGAGGAUGUCCCCCUUCCCAGCCUCCGGGAGAGGCAGGCGUGGAAGUAAGUGGCCCCGUGGCCUGGAAGGGAGGCCACACUGGCUUUCCCUCGCACUGAUGAACCUUGUUCCUGAGGGCAGUGUUUCUCUGGCUUUGGGCCUCACAGUGAUGAGAAAAGUCCCUGCCUGUGCGGAUAAUGUGGGUACCUGGUGUGGCCUGUGUGUCGUGGUCCUCCCAUCACUGCCUCCCUCUGGGCUCAGCCCCCUUCACCCUCCCACCAUGGGGGACUCGGGCUGUAGGCCCCCGGGCAGGGCAUGAGCCAUGGGGUGACACGACCACAUCCGUCCCCAGCUCUAGCCAGCCUUUCUCGAGGCCCUGGGAGAGUUAGAGCCGUGGUGCCAGCAACAGGGACCCCUCCCCUGUCGGGGGCUUCAGGCCCUGGGAAGAGGGGCCCUUCAUCCCCACAGAAAGACUGCUGUCCCACACACUCCCUGUGCCGUGCGCCCCGGAGGCUGAGGAGCUGGCCUCGGAUGGGCGGUGGGGGGUCUCCCAGGCUGCAGCCGGGGGGACGGGCUAGCCCGCCGGCAGGUCCUGCAUCCACGGGAGGGUGUGAGGUCUCCUGCGUGGAGUCUCUGACCCCUUGGAAGGGAGGCUGGUCUAGGGGCACAGUUUGGGGAGAUGGUGUUGUCGGGACGCCUUCUUGGGACGCGCAGACCCAGGUCUGAGCAGUGUGCGUCCCUGCCCUGGGGCCCCCCCUUCGGAGAAGAACAGCAGAAGGAGGCUGGUACUUCCACGGAACGGGUAUGGGGCGUGUGUGUGACGCGAGUGUGGCUCAGGGCAGUUGUCACCCCUUGGCAGGUGCAGCAAAGGUUUCCUAAGACAAGGGUUGGGCUGGAGUCUGCGCCCCUCACAAGCCCACACUCCUGUGCUCACACUCAGCUCACACAUGUGCACACACAUGUGCGCACGCACACACUUGCCCUCAUGUGCGCACAUGGCGUUCCUGAUGGCGGUGGCCCUCCGUCUGAUCUCUGUCUGGGUCUGCCCACUUUAAGCUCCAAGGAAUGAGCAACUUUGAGUGACAGGUGGCCCUUGGCUGGGGUUCUGCUGGCCCAGCAGCUGUCCAGAGCCUCUGGUCAGCUGGAUGCCACGACAUAGCUUGGGCCAGGGAGGUCUGGGUGUCCAGUUGUGACCCUGGGGCCCUGGCUGGCUCCCUCUGCCUCCUUGGCCACGUGGGUGUUGUCUCCUCCUUCCCUGGCAUGUUGUGGCCCCACAUCUCCCCCUCGUCCACGUAAACUCAUGGGCCGUGGCCUCACUAGGUUCCCUGGAGGACGGAGGGGCCCUGGCCACAUGGCAGAGGCUCCCCCUGGCCUGCCCCCCCUUCCCCUCCCUAUGGGAGGCCAGUCGUCCCCUCCUCUGCAGGCACUGGCCUCAAGCCCCUGUUUGGAGGCUCCGGGACCCCACACUGCAGGGGCUGCUCUGUAGAAGCCUAGCAGAGGUGUCGGGACGUGCCCCGCGGCCAGCCCUAGUUCCCCAGCCCAGACCGCACGUGCCAGCCAGGCAGGGUCGGCGUCUUUAACACGGUGGUUUAGUUUAACUGACCUUCUCCCCUCGUACUAGGCUGGAGUCCCCCGGUGGUCACGGAUUCAACACAUUAACGCAGGAGAGAAGGGGGCGGCAUCCUCUCUUCUGCCGGCCCCCACAUUCGGGGGGCACUCCGUACAGCAGGUGCCCCCCGCCUAUGCUGUUUGUGGAUGGAAUUGGCCCUGAGACGUUUCUAGAUGCUUCUUGAAGCUCAGAGGUGUGGACGGCCCCUGGGAGGCCUUUGUAGAAAUGCUGAUGUUUGUAUCUAUUUUGUAUUCCCCAAAUUGUAAAUAAUGUACAGAGCGGCGGGCGCUUGUCCCUGAUGUCACACUGCAAGACCAGAGUGACGACACGGCGUCCCACCCUCUGAUGUCACGAGCCCUUGAAAUAAACACGGUGUGCAGAGGGACGGUCUGACAGCCCAUGGAGGGUUUGGGGGCAACCCAGCAGGGUGGCUGAGUCCCUAGCAGCCGGUGGGGCUCCGUGCCCCUGGUGCCACCCAGUGCUCACUGGCUCAGAAUCAGACAUGCCCUUCCCUGACCGACGCUGUCCUGAGUGGUCCUCAGCUGCCUUCCGUGACCCCGGAGCAGAUCUUCAGGCCACCUGCUUGGAUGGACUGAUGCUGGGUGAGGGGCAGGAGGGCCGGGUGGGGCCCAGAAGUGAUGGGCUGCCUGCUUCUAGCACCCAGGGCAGGCUGUGUGCUGUCCCAGGCCAGCUGCCCUCCUGUGUUCCUGCCCCCAGGGGCAGGCUCCGCUGGGCCCCUGCCAAGCACUAAGUAGGAGGGACAACCAGGGAAGGCUUCCUGAAGGAGGCAGUGUGGUUGGGACCGGGGGCUUGCUCCUUUCUUCUAUCCAAGAGACCCAGGAAAGCCAGCUGUCCAGGCCAGGACACUGGGUAGCCCCUGGAGCGUGUGCGAGUGGGGGCCACGGUUCUCUGGAUAUGCCAUCUUGGGGGUGGGGUGGGGGCUGACAGCAGACCCCAGGAGGAGACAUUGGAGGGAGAGUGGCUUUAGCAAACAGGGUAGAGAGAGUGAGGAAGACAUGCUCCCUGGCAGGUGAGACCCUCCGUCAACCGCUCAGAGGCAUCCGGGGGAUUGGAGGAGCUGGGUGGGCUCUUGGACAGAUGCGUGCAUGUCCCUGGCUGGUGGAGGACGCCAGGGAGACCCUGGGGAUCGCCCAGGUCGGGUGCAGGGGGAGGGGGCCCUGAGGGGGUGGCCUCAACCCCGGGCCCCCCACACCACACGCCCAACUCUGGCCGGGCUUCAUAACGUCUUGCCUUAAUGCACGUUGACGGAAAUUCACCGAAAUCGCCCCAGGCCCCUGGCGUCUCCCGGCCCCACACCGGACCCUGCCUCCUCCUGGUCCAUGGGACCAGCGCCACGGACGGAUGCAGAGCGGGCAGCGGACCUGGACCCGGCCUCGCGCCCGCCGGGGCUCCAGGCGGGGCUCCAGGCGGUGCGUCCACCGGGACCCUUCUCACCCCGUCCUGCGCCCACCCUUGCCGUUCGCCGCCCCGCGGCCCCCAUCUGCGCUGUUGCCUUGGUCGUCUGCACUUUGUUCAUGCUCCAAAGAAUUCUUCAUGAUGCCUUCCGUACUGAUGUACACUUCCAACCACGUGUAUGCAUCCUGCACCGUAGCCGCCGGGCCUUUCUGUUUUCGUGAAUGUGUUACCACCGCACACUUGACCCUCGACUCGCGCAUUGUCCAUUUUCUAGGGAUAGACGCCCAGGGAAUGAACUCUAGUUUUGUACGGACCAGCCGAGACGCUCACUUGCUCAACUCACUGUCCGGUUCACACUUGUCCCCAAGAACAGGGCCCAGCCCGGGUUUGCCCAGCGACUUCAGGGGUGGAAUCUGGCAGCAGGGACGCAUGUGAAAAGUUCCGGAAAUUUCUACUGCCACGGGGACCUGUUUGGGAGCCCAGUGGACCUGUGCACUUAGUAAAACACAGUGAUUCAACCUGCA